AAAAAAGACUUCUUUUUUAAGUUGCACUUGCAGCUAGCCAAAAGCCUUGUUUUUGCAAGGAUGGCCGUAAAGGAAAAGGAAAAAAUUAACCCAAAUAUAUAAACCAUGAAUCGAACUUAGUGGAUGUUGAAUGUUCUAUAAUCUUGUUCCGAGAGAUCGAUCCUUCUUCCAUAGAACACGUAUGGCACUAAGCCAAUGACAAAUAUAAAAAAAUAAUCCAAGACCCAACACCCUUUCCCUCGCCCAAUUCUUUAAUUAAACUAUUUCCAUAUGUGCUUUACACCUCGAGCUUCAAGCCCGGUUGGAUUCUCUUUCGAAUGCUUAUGAUUUCAAACCGGCUGGAAAAAUAUUAGAACUCAAGAUGGCAAUUGAAUUGAUGGGUACUCGAGAAGAGGAGGCGCCAUUGGCUAUUGAUAUUUCAGAAAGAGAAACUCCCAAAAGCCGAACAAGGGAUAUUCAUAUUUUGAGCUGUGCCUUCUUGGUCUUCCUCGCUUAUGGAGCUGCUCAGAAUUUGGAGACUACUGUUAAUGCUCAAGGAAACUUGGGAAUGGUGACUCUUGGAACACUGUAUGUAUCUUCUGCGGUUUUCUCGUUGUUUGCAUCAUUGGUGGUUUGAGUACUGGGGUCAAAGAAUGCUCUGUUCUGGGAACUACUGGUUAUUGGUUGUUUAUAGCUGCAAAUUUGAAGCCUACAUGCUUCAAUAAUAUGGGUUGGGGAGCACGCAGUCAUGCUAGAGAUGCCGACUUACAUGAAGGAACUGUGAUCGGUCAGUUCAAUGGAGAAUUUUGGGCAAUGUUUGCUCUUCACCAGACUGUAGGAAGUACCAGCGGCAACAGAACUUUGCUGUUCAUUGUGUUUCUUUGUAGUAUGACAUUAGGUACCAUUCUAAUGUGUUUCUUGCAUAAAGUCGUUGACAAAGAAGAGAAAGUAUCGGAAGAUUCUUCUGUAAGGUUUUGUUCUGCUGUGACGUCUACAUUGAAGUCAGUUAUCACUCCUUUGCUCAACUUACGGAUGCUUUUGAUCAUUCCUCUUGUUGCUUAUUCAGUAUUACAGCAAUCUUUUGUAUGGGCUGAUUACACCAAGGAUGUUGUAAACCCAAUCCUUGGAGAGGCUGGUGUUGGUGGUGCAAUGGCAGUUUAUGGGGCUUUUUAUGCAAUAAGAGUACUCGACAAAGAAUACCCACUUCUCAUGGCAGCUUUACUGGGCAUCAGUGAUGGGGUAUUGAAUAUGCAACUUAGUGCUUUACAUGUUCUACUUUCUAAGCAUGACAUGGAAGAAGCAUUUACACAGCCCAAAGUGUGGUAGGGUUCAGCAAUUGUGGUUGUGUUCUUUAUGAACCCGGUCGUUACGUUGCAGACAAUGGCGGUGAUUAUGCUUGCUGCAAUCUUUGUUUCAUUGGUUCCAUUUAUGUAUCUUAUUGUAAAGGUAGAGAAUGCAUUCUCUAAAGCCCUUAAAUGUUGGAUCGGGUGCCCUAAGUGUAGUAUUUUCGUCUAAGUAUAAUUAUAAUUUUUUGAAUAGAUUGUUAAUAAAAUUAUUCAUAAAUUACAUUAUUACUUUGUAUGUUAAACUCACAUGAUUUUUGCACUGAUUGUCUAAUGUUUAACUAA